CUCAACUGCAUACCAGAUACUCCUGAAUAAAAUAAAUAAAUAAAUACUGAAAUCCCCAGUGCCUCCUCCUCUCCUCGCUCGCUCAAACGACACCAGCGAAUGGCGACGGCCACAAAACCCUUCUAAAAGCAGAGUAACCGCCGCUCAUCUCUUGCUGUCUCUUUCCUUCGUCAAGACAGAUGAGUCUAGUGACUGAUUCACCGCUGCAUUCAUCGCAUUCGUCAAGCAGCGAUGAUUUCGCAGCUCUUUUGGAUGCUGAGUUGGAUUCAAAAUCAUCAUCUUCAGACUCAUCACCUAAAGCAAUUAAACAUGAUGAUGCGAGUGAUGCUAAUGAUGAUGUUAACGAAGAAGAAGAAGAAGAAGAAUCUGACAGUGAUGAUGAUUCUGACAUUGCAACCAAUAGGAUUAAAAGAUCUAGAGUGGAGACUUUGGAGAAUGGUGAGAACCCUAAGGAAUCAACUCGUGUAUCUCUAGACCAAACCCUAGUAGCAUCCUCAAGUAAGGUUGCAUGCACACAUCCAGGUUCAUUUGGAGACAUGUGUAUACUUUGUGGGGAAAGGUUGAUUGAGGAAACUGGCGUCACAUUUGGAUACAUACACAAGGGGUUAAGGCUUGCUAAUGAUGAAAUUGUGCGAUUACGUAACACAGAUAUGAAGAAUUUGCUACGACAUAGAAAGCUUUACUUAGUCCUUGAUCUAGAUCAUACACUGCUUAACUCUACUCAGCUCAUGCAUUUGACUGCAGAAGAGGAAUAUUUGAAGAGUCAAAUAGAUUCUAUGCAAGAUGUUUCAAAUGGUAGCCUAUUCAUGGUGGACUUCAUGCACAUGAUGACGAAGUUAAGGCCCUUUAUACGCACAUUUUUGAAAGAAGCAAGUCAGAUGUUUGAGAUGUACAUAUACACAAUGGGUGACCGGGCAUACGCGCUGGAGAUGGCUAAGUUUCUUGACCCUGGAAGAGAGUACUUUAAUGCUAGAGUCAUUUCACGUGACGAUGGCACUCAAAGACAUCAAAAAGGUCUUGACAUUGUGCUGGGACAAGAAAGUGCUGUUCUGAUCCUUGAUGAUACAGAAAAUGCAUGGACAAAGCAUAAAGACAAUUUGAUAUUGAUGGAAAGAUAUCAUUUCUUCGCUUCAAGUUGUCGCCAAUUCGGCUUCGAGUGUAAAUCUCUUUCGCAGUUGAAGAGUGAUGAAAAUGAGUCUGAUGGAGCACUUGCAUCAGUUCUCAAGGUCUUAAGGAGAAUUCACCAUAUAUUCUUUGAUGAACUAGAGGACGCCAUUGAUGGCAGAGAUGUGAGGCAGGUUCUGAGUACUGUUCGUAAGGAUGUUUUAAAAGGAUGCAAAAUUGUGUUUAGUCGAGUAUUCCCUACUCAAUUCCAGGCUGAUAAUCACCAUCUGUGGAAGAUGGCUGAGCAGUUGGGAGCCACAUGCUCUAGAGAAGUUGACCCAUCAGUUACACACGUGGUCUCAGCAGAAGCUGGUACAGAGAAGUCACGUUGGGCUCUGAAGAAUGAUAAGUUUCUGGUGCAUCCACGGUGGAUAGAGGCUACAAAUUAUAUGUGGCAAAGGCAGCCUGAAGAGAAUUUUUCUGUCAACCAACCAAAAAUCAAUAGUCAAUAGGUCUUAACAGUUUUUCCAAUUGUUGAUAGCUUAGGGCCCUUUCCUCUCCAGCACCGUUGAUCCGCUCCCUAACAUUUUGCGACGCCAUCCAAAUUAUCUGUGCUUAGUUAUGUCUAUAGGUAAUGUAAAAAAGGAUCAAUUAUUUCAUAGAGUUGUGUAAAAUCAUCUUGAUAUGUUAAUAGUUUGAUUCGCUCUCAUGAUCAUCCCUGGUGAUUGAUCAGUUUUCCAA